AUGGCAGCCCCGGAACACUCAGAAACAUAUGAGCAGUCAUCAUGCGCCAGCCAGAACGGCGACAAAAGUAACAGUCCUAGCCUAAGAAAGAAUGGCAAUCGCCACGGCCUGAACCCCCGCGCAUCGUCCUUUACGCCUCAGGCACUGACCAAAUCCUCUCCAGCUUAUCAAUCGCAAGGCAACGAAUACCAAACGAACCAGCUCGCUAGCCCAUCUACAACCGGGGAUCUUCAACCAUACAAAAACGAAAACUGCGCAUCACACGCAAGGGUUCCAGAUAACAGCUCUCUUACAUCUUCCUCAAGGAACACCUCAAGGAAAGAAUAUCCCGUGAAACAGCCUACAAUACCACCUACAAUCGAGGACCAGGAAAGGGACCCGAAGAUAAACUUUGCAUGGAAAUUGAAACAUGAUAAGAUUUAA